AUGGGAGAUCAUAUUGAUUAUGAGAAUGACCGGAUCGUUGAUACAGGAUGCUCAAACCAUAUGAUUGGCGAUCAGAGAAAGAUGCAAGACAAGAAAGAGUACAAACGAAGUCAAGAUGUGAAAGUCUAUAAAGAUGUUAAGAUAAUAGGAAAGCUGACAAUAGAAGGGCGAAGAGUGGAGUCCGUUUACGUCCUAUCUGCAGAGUCUGCCUAUGUUGACAACACCCGGAAGAAUGAGACAACAGAUCUAUGGCAUGCAAGAUUGGGACAUGUUGGCUACCACAAGUUGAAGCUUAUUAUGGAGAAAUUCAUGCUCAAAGGUCUAGCUCAACUUGAAGUCAAAGCAGACGUUGUUUGUGCUGGAUGUGAAUAUGGUACAACUCAUCAAUUACCAUACAAAGAGCUAAAAUUCAAAGCAACGAAACCAUUAGAGUUAAUUCACUCUGAUUUGUUCGGUCCAGUUAAACAAGCAUCAAUCAGUGGAAUGCGGUAUAUGGUGACGUUCAUUGACGACUACUCAAGAUAUCGGUGGAUUUUCUUUAAGAACGAAAAGUCUGACACGUUUUCAAAAUUUCAAGAAUUCAAGAUGAUGAUCGAAGGAGAAGUAUGA